UUAAUUAUCAUUAAGUCCAAGUGCUCCCAAUUAAUUACUUCGCAAUAAAAAGCACCGUCUCUCGCCAACGAAUCAAAAGGAUAUAAGAAGGGAAGAAAGCAAACAAACAAGCAGCGUUUCAACUCUCUCUCUCUCUCUCUCUCUCUCUCUCUCUCUCUCUCUCUCACAUCUUUCUCACUCUAAUCGCCAUGGCCGAGACUUGUAAUUCUCGAAGCUUCUCUUGGCUCGUGAAGUCCUGCCUCCCCGACCCCCGCCGCGAGAUCGCCAGAGCCCCGCUCGAAAGCCACCACUGCCGGCAGCCCGCCGCCGCCGCCGCCUCCCCCGCCGUCGCCGCUGCAUCCCCCAUCUCCUCCCUCCCCGACGAUCUCCUUCUGGAGUGUCUGUCUAGGGUUCCGCUCUCUUCCCUCCCUUCCCUUUCCCUCGUCUGUCGCCGCUUUUCCCUCCUUCUUGAUUCCCCCGCCUUCCUCGACAUCCGCCGCUCCCACGGCCGCCUCCGCCGCACCCUCCACGCCCUCUCCUUCUCCGAUCUCGGCCUCCUCGUCUCCGCAGCCAUCCACGCCGACGACCCCGCCACCGCCGCGGCCGCGGCCGCCUGGGACUGCGCCUCCCCCAUUCCCCUCCCUACCCAGAUCCUCGACGGAUCUUUAUCGCACGCUCGCCUCGCCGCCGUCGGCCGCUCGAUCUACAUCAUCGGCCGCGGCGCGACCCUCCGGUACGACACGUGGACCGGCGCGAUCGCCCCCCGUGCGCCGACCCUCUUCCCCCGCAAGAAAUUCGCUGCCGCUGCAAUCGGCGGCAAGAUCUACGUCGCCGGUGGCGCCGCCCGGACUUCUGCGGUGGAGGAGUACGAUCCGUCGGCGGACGCAUGGCGGGUGGUGGCGGAGGCCCCCCUGCGGCGGUACGGGUGCGUCGCCGCUGCCGCCGGCGGUGUGUUCUACGUUAUCGGCGGGCUGAGGGUCGGUGGCCGGGAGACGGCGGGGAGCCUGGACGCGCACGUAUGCGCGGGGUCGAUGGACGCGUACCGUGUGGGGACGGGGGCAUGGGUGAGGGGGCGAGCUGGGGCGGCGGCGGUGGCGGUGGUGCCGGGCGGCGGGUGCGUGGUUGGGGCGUGCGGGGCGGGCACGCACGUGUACGUGCUGGCGAGCCACGCGGUGGAGGUGUCGUUCUGGAGGUGGGAGGCAGGGCGGGGGCGGAGGGGUGGGGAGUGGACGCGGCUCGAGCCGCCGCCGGUGCCGGGCAGGGCCCGGCUGGGCGGGGCGGUCCGGUUCAGCUGCGCCGCCGUGGGGGACGACAAGGUGGUGACUCUGGCCUACGUCCCCUCCACCGCUGGCGCGGAGGGGGCGGUGCUGGUGUACGACAUCGCCGGCGGCGAGUGGACCCGCGGGCCGGACCUCCCGCGGGGGCUCCGCCGCGCUGCGUUCGCCUGCGUCGAGUGCUAGCCACCGCACGAUGGGGCAUCGCUAACGGUGCGCCCCUGCACCGUAGCGGUAGGAUGCGGCCGCGUUAGAGUUUACUGUUGCUUGACAGCGUGUGAUUUUGUGCCGCGUUGCAAGGUGCGAUGCGUGGCGGAUGAUGGUUGGUUGGGAUGGAAUAGUCUUCGUGGUGCGAGGAUGGGCAUAUCGUGGCCGUGUAUCACGGCGCUGUUUCUGAUUAUGAUCGUACGAUUAGCGUUGUUGAUUGAUUUGAUUUUAGAGGUUGCUUCUUUUGGAGUAAUGUAGUUGUUUAAUGCAAAUUGCAACAAGAAAAUUUGAUGGCGAAGCUCGAAAUCCAAAAGUGGCCAUCGUAAAGUGGCCGCAAUGUUGUCACUUUAUUCUGUUAAAAGAAAAACUUGAGCAUACCAGAUGUGUUCUCGGGCUACUUUAAUUUAAAUUAGAAUCUUUGCAUGCGCAAUGGGAUA